GAUUGCCAGACACGAGGGCUUAAAUUGUCAAUAAGUCAAAUGGCAUCACGGAUAGACCUUUCAUCGGUAGAUAGGUGACGCGUGAAACGCAACCCUCAACACUACAGCCAAACGCUUAUAUACGGAGAGAAUUUCGAAAACACUUUAAUCGAAAAUGUCGUGCUUCGCAAAAUGCCAAAGGCAAGGCCUCACUUCAUGGCGGCUUUGCCUUAUGAUUUUCACAAUUAUCUCGUCGACCGGUUACUGUAAAUCUACUGCUGAUAGUUUCGGCACUAGUGCCUUCUCAUUGUCAUCCUCCUCGUCGUCUCCACGAAAAACUUUAGACCAAGAAAUCGGAUCUCCCUCUGAAUUGGCAUGGCAGGCUUGGCUUCUCGUGGAAAAUAAAAGUGGCGGACAGUCGGCUCUCGAAUCGGCCAACAUAUUACGUAAAAUUACGCCUAAAAGUAUCUUCAUAGCUCCAGAGCUCAUUUCUUGUCCGAAUGGUUAUACAUCGGACGGCAAAGGUACUUGCAAACCCGUGCCAAUAAAAAUCGACGAAGACGCUCAGAGGCAGUUUUUCUUGAAACGUCUUAACGCUCUUUAUGGUAAAUUUGGGAAUAAUCGUAAGAAACCAGCCGAAGUAACUGGCCCAUUACAAAUUAACAUACCAAUCUUAUUGCCAACGAAAAGUAAUUCACCCAAUGCACAACCGGUACAGCCGUUGCCACACCAAAAACCACAGCAACUAGUGCCGAACGUUAAUCGAGAAGUUGUAGAAAAUCGUCCCCCAAUUUCAGUGGAUUUAUUACAGCAAUCGAACGAUCAAAAGCAAAACAAUGGCCAAGAGUCUGAAGUUACAGUGGCUUACAAAGUCGACAACGAUACGAAAAAAGAACAGAAGGAAUCUACGAGAGAAGAAGGCACGAACUUUUUUCUGGAUAGUCCAAUUUAUUCGGGGCCCAAGAAGGAUAUUCCGAACAAUGAUGAGGUGGUUCCGGUUGCUGAAUUCAUCGACGAAGCUAACGAUACAUUUUCAACAGAUGUCGUAGAUUAUAAAAUACCACUAGGCUUAGCGCCUACAUUAAAUAGAUCAGAUGUUUUUGAUAAUAUGAGAAGCACCUCUAAUAGGCAUGAAUUUCAUAAGAUUACGAAUGGAACAAAUUCACAGGAUGAUUCGUCACCUACCGUAGUACUGCUAUUAUCACCGACCCUCUCGCCUUUUCAUACGUCAACUCAAUCAGAAUUGUCGAAAACAUCGAGUUUUGAAGAGGCGCCAGUCGAUAGGGAAUCCGAACAUAUCGAAAAUACAAGUCCGUCCUCAAUGGAAGAGGAGACAAAAUCCGAAUCUGAUACAACGAUUCACACAGUUGCUCCUUUAAUUACACAAACAGCCGUGGACUCAAUUGAUAGUACAAUGAAAAAUACCGAAAAGACUUAUGAGCAAGAUACACCAGCGGAUGAAAAUGUGUAUAUCGAUGAAGAAUCUCAUACUGAACAAGAAUUCGAGGAUCGUGAUAAUUAUGACGACACAACGGACGAAGUAGACGAAAGUGACUUUGAGGAAAGCGAGGAUGAACUUUUGAAAACCGGAGAAGCGGGCAUGAUGAUGUCACAUAAGAAUCGAGAUAUUAUACGAGACGAGGCUCAUAGGCAAUAUAAAACGACCGUGAUAGACGUUGAAAGUGCAACAUCAACGUCAAUUGUGGACACAACCCCGAUGCCAACGUUUCCGUCAACGAACAUUCAAGAUUCGUUUGAUGUUGCCGAUAUCACGGCAAAUACUGAUUUAAUCGAUUAUACAAAGGAAGACGUCGGCAGCACUCAAACAACCGAAAUCCCUACAACACUAGUUACGGACGAAUCCAAUGCAGAUGAAACUACGACGUUUCCGACAAAGCAAUUAAUAAGCGAUGAUUUAUUUAAGACUGCUAUCAGAAGAAAUCAUACGCAAUAUAUUAUUAAAAACAAUGAGAGCGAUAAUAAAACUGGCUUUACGAAACUUUUAGAAUUGGAACGAGAUGCCACGACGGAGCCAAAAAUAAUCUUUUCGACGCAAGGCAGUCACAGUAUAACAACGAGUUACGGUAAUAAAAGACCAGCGCAUCCGGUAAGAGUCGUAGGAACUCCAUUUGCAUUCGAAGAGUUCGACGAUGUUGUAUCGAAAACAGAAUAUACUCCGGUUGGGAAUUUUCAUCGUUAUAAUUCGCCGGAUGAAAAAUACCAGAAGCUAUCUAUAAUAAGCAAUAGCGAUCCGAUUCUCUUUAAAAACGAUGGAAACAUCCCGUCGGACUUUAAGGACCAAAUGGCAGAAUCGUCAAAGCCGUCGUCCAUGAAUUUGAGACGAAUGCCUAGUCAAAGCACCGAGGACUCUUUCGUGAGGUUUCCAGAUCGAAACUCCGAAACCCCCUCGCAACGACACGACUACGUUCGAUUUCCACCCGACGAGGUAAAUAGUAUUCAUAAUCAAGACAAUUACAAGGAUCACUUAUUGUCGCCCUAUCAUUCGAGAGAGGAGUAUAGUAAUAGCUCGCCGGCAAGCACCAAAGGCAGCGUCCCUACCCGUCAGAAACCCUUGUCGACCCAUUGGCGAAUACCAUCAGCCGGUAUGCGAAUGGAUCGUCAACACCAGCAGUCACAGCAACAAAUUCAAGGGAGUUCGAGCACUGCCAAUCACCGACAGCAGAAACAAAAGCCAAUGUUAUUGAGAUUCUGGGCGAGAAUGCCACUCGUCCGAGAUCUCACUUUCUAUCCAACGACGAGUCAUGGCUCGCACAAUGAGCCCAUCGGGGGUCCCGAUGACUCCCAUCGAUCGAGUAUUAGAUAUUCGCCGGCUACAACGCGGCCCGGCCGUAGAAUUAAUCACCACAAGGAAAUGUCGUCGCACGAUGUCAAUAGGCUAUUAGCUCAGCAACUGGGCCAAUCGGCUCACGGCGAUUAAAGCCGACCACGAGGUCGGAAAUUCGCAUUAAUCUCCUCAUACGAAAAAAUGAUGAGACAUGUGAUUUAAUGCAGAUCAGUGCCAAAUAAGCAUAUACGAGGGCGUAUAAAGCAAGCAUUUGUCCGCUCUUUACGUGCUAUGCGAAGAGCGGCCCAAGUGGCCAAGAAUUCAGUGUGUAUCUUGUAGAUUAUUGCUUACUUUCUCCGAUUGAUUAUCAAUGAAGAUAAUCCCAAGAGUUAAGUGCGAAGAAGCAAGGACGCUGAUAGAUCUGUGAAGUAAAUCGUAAUUGGGAAGUUAUCGGUAGAUUUGCAAGAAAUUGAAGAUUUUCUUUAAUUUUC